AUGUGGCUUGGUAGUUCUCUUAUUCCCCCUGUGCCCCUUCGUCCACACCCGUCUUCUCAGGUGGAGGCGGUGACUCCGUUGCCGCAGUCAGCAGCACAUGACAUACCGCCAUGUGCCGUGGCAGUGGGCGGCACUGAUGUGCCAUCCCACAUGCCACACAUGCCAUCCCACGUGCCAAAUCCGCCACCCCACAUGCCGCAUUCACUGGGCGACACACUGCAACCCUGCAGCCAGUGCAGCAGCACGCCACAGACUUUUGAGACGUCUCAAAAGUUGUCAAAUCCGCCAUCCCACGUGCCGCAUUCACCGGGCUACACACUGCAGCCCUGCAGCCAGCGCAGCAGCAGCACGCCACAUGCACUUGCUGCCGGAAUGGAAGCUGCUGGGAAGGUUCCUCUGGAUCCAGUUCAGGCAGCGGGGCAAGUGCAAGUGGUUAUAACGAGGGCUGCAGAUGAAUUGCUGGCUGUGAAGUUGGUGCCUUAUAACGAGGCGGUGAAGGAUGUGUGCAAGUCCAUUUCAGGGCGCUUCUGGGACAAAGUGUCCAGGCAGUGGAAGUACCCUUUCCACAUGGCGGAUGAGGUGGUUGCAGCGCUCGCAUGCAUCACUGACGUUCCUAUUCAGGAUCUCGUGGCGCCCAUGAAGAGCGUCCCUUGCUCCAUCUGGCAGCAGGACAAACGGCUAUGGGUGUUCCCUCUCUCCUCCCUGGAUGCAUUUCUCGAAGCCGUGCAAUCGGUACCAACCUGUGAUGUAGAGGUGGAGCCGUUACCACCGGCGGUGCAGCGGGCACUCGAGGAGACGGCCAAGCUGCCAGACGAUUCAGGUCGCUACUUUGACUUGCCAGACGGCUUUCGGAAGCUUCUGAUGCCCUUUCAAGAGCAAGGCAUGCAGUUCGCUCUGUCACGUGGUGGUCGAGUGUUGAUAGCGGACGAGAUGGGGCUGGGCAAGACCGUGCAGGCAAUAGGGCUGGCAGCAUGCUACAGGGACGAGUGGCCUGUGCUUGUAAUUGCCCCCUCCUCUCUGCGCCUCCACUGGGCCAUGAGCAUUGUGCGCUGGCUCGACCUGCCCCCUGAAGACAUCACAGUGGUGAUGCCUCAGGGCACAACGCGCAGCAUCAACGGGUUCAACUUUGUCCGCUGCACUCGCAACCAGCCACUCUCAUUGCAAUCACCCUUCAACAUAAUCUCCUAUGAUCUGCUGGAUCGCCUGGAGCAGCCAGAGGAGCCGUUUAAGGUGGUGAUAGCAGACGAGUCGCACUACCUCAAGAACUACAAGGCCAAACGCACAGGGCUGGCCGUGCCACGACUGCAGAGGGCCAACAGGGCCAUUCUUCUCACGGGCACACCGGCCCUCUCACGCCCCAUCGAUCUCUUCAAGCAGCUGGAGGCGCUUCAGCCUCAUGCCUAUCGCAAGCUGGGAGAGUAUGGCAAGAGGUACUGCCGCGGGGGGAGGUUUGGGGAGUUCACAGGCUCGAGCAAUCUGGAGGAGUUGCAUGCGGUGCUGAGCGGUACGGUCAUGAUCCGGCGGCUCAAGAAGCAAGUGCUGCCACAGCUGCCAGACAAGCGACGACAACAGGUGCUGCUAAUGCUGGAGGAGAAGGCCAUGAAGCCCAUCCGUGCACUGCAUAUACAGCUGAGGAAGGUGAGGGAGAAGAAGAAGGCGGCAGCGACUCCAGAGAAGGAGAGUGAAGCAGUGAUGGAGGAAAGAGCCCUGGUGUCCCGGCUGUACACAGAGUCAGCGUGGGCAAAGGUGGAUGCUGUGAGGGAGUACCUGGGAACGAUGCUGGAGGGGGGGUGCAAGUUCCUGGUGUUCGCCCAUCACAUGACCAUGAUGGAUGCGCUCUCUGAGUUUUUCCAGAAGGCGAAGGUGGGGUACAUUCGCAUCGACGGGGGCACAGCGCCUGAGAAGAGGCACCAUUUGGUGGCACGCUUUCAGGAAGAGCCUGACACUCGUGUGGCUGUGCUGGGUAUCCAUGCAGCAGGCGUGGGACUGACACUCACAGCAGCCAGCACGGUGGUGUUUGCAGAGAUGGCGUGGAAUCCGGGGGACUUGGUGCAGGCAGAGGACAGGGCGCACAGAAUAGGCCAGGCCAAUGCAGUGAACGUGUAUUAUCUGCACGCCCCUGAAACCAUUGACGACGUUAUAUGGAGCGUUGUUCAGCACAAACUGGAGAAUCUGGGACAGGUGAUGGACGGAGAGCAGAAGCAGUCCCUGCAGGUGCACAAGGACCCUCGCCAUGCUGCCUCCGCUGCUGCUCUUGCAGUCAGGAAGAAGGGAGGGGGGGAUGAGCAGCAGGGGGAGCAGGGCAGUGGGAAGUGGGGAGGGUUGACCCAUGCGGGUGUGACUGAUGGAGGUGUGACUGUAGCAGGGUGUGGGGGUGGGGAGGAGAAGAAGAGGCAGCGCACGAUUAAUGAGAUGUUCCAGCCGCCGAGAUAA